AUGUUACAAAUCGCAAUUUCCAGGCUUGCUGAAUUAAAUGAUAGCGUAAAUUGUCAACUGGUUGUCAGUCCCCUCAGCGAAGACGUGGUGAAGCAGUUUGACCUUGUCAUUCUCACCGACGCUCCUCGUAAUGUCCAAUUGAAAGUUGCUGGUUGGACUCGAGCACAUAAUCGUUGCUUGUUAGUCGCUGAUGCUCGUGGUCUGUACAGUUACAUAUUCGCAGACUUCGGCAACUCAUUCUUUAUUGAUGAUCCAAAUGGAGAGAAAGUCAAAGAGUUUCUCAUUGAGUACAUUGACGCAGAAACCGGAGACGUAACAACUUUGGAGAACCAAAUGCACGGUUUAGAAGAUGGCGACCAUGUAACAUUUACCGAGAUCAAGGGGAUGACAGAAUUGAAUGGUUGCGCUCCACUGAAAAUUACUGUAAAGAUAGUAGCCCGAUCCCAAUUGCUUUACUUUUCAUUCUUGUUGCUUUUUCUUGUGUGCAGAAUUUCUCACUGUAAACCUCUUUUCUCCACUCUGCAUUUAGAACCGCAUGUGUUCAAUAUUGGGGAUGCUGCUAAGAACUUGACCCCAUACGAAGAGGGAGGUCGUGUGAAACAAGUAAAGGUGCCUACAUAUGCCUCGCACAAACCGCUUGCGGAGUCACUUGCCGAUCCCGAGUUUGUAUACUGGGAUUUUGCUAAAUUUGACUAUCCAUCUCAAUUGCAUGCUCUUUGGAGUGCUCUGUACGAGUUCGAAAACAAGCACGGGCGCCACCCAGAACCUCGUUCUGAUGAAGAUGUGCUCCUUUUGAAAGCUGAAUUACCUGAUGGUGUUGAGGUGAACGACAAGUUGUUGAAAAUGUUUAGCUAUCAGGCAAGAUGUUUUGCAAAUUAUUUUCCUUGCGUUGUUAUCACAUUUUUUGAAAUAGUCGUUCACGCUUCCGGAAAUCUAGUCACUACUGCGUCUGUAGUAGGUGGAAUAGCUGCUCAAGAGGCGAUGAAAGCUGUUACUCACCACAUGACUCCAUUGAAACAAUGGCUAUAUAUUGACAGUGAUGACGCUUUGCCAGGAGAUUGGAGCGAGUUUGACUACGAGAAACUCACUGUAGAAGAUUGCAAGCCGCGUGGCUGCCGGUAUGAUGGACAAGCUGCUGUCUUUGGAUGGAAGUAUCAGGAGGCACUAUUUCACCAGAAGUGGUUUGUAGUAGGCGCAGGAGCUAUCGGAUGUGAAUUGUUGAAAAAUCUGGCCAUGAUGGGGGUGGCGUGCGGCGAUGGGGGUCUUAUAAAAAUAACUGAUAUGGACCAAAUUGAAAUCAGUAAUCUCAACCGGCAGUUCCUUUUCCGUAUGCAUGAUGUUGGGGAUAAAAAGUCUGUUGUUGCUGGUCGAGCUGUGAAAAAUUUCAACAAAGACGUUCACAUAGAAGCUCUUGCCGAACGAGUUGGAACAGAUACGGAACAUAUUUUCAAUGAUGACUUUUUCGAGAAGCUUGACGGAGUGGCAAAUGCUCUGGAUAACGUUGAUGCUCGGCGUUACAUGGAUAGACGUUGCGUAUUUUAUCGUCUUCCACUUCUUGAAUCAGGAACAAUGGGCACUAAAGGAAACACACAAGUGGUAUACCCGCACCUCACAGAGUCCUAUGGUUCCUCCGUUGAUCCACCUGAGAAGGAGAUCCCCAUUUGCACUUUGAAGAACUUUCCCAAUGAAAUUCAGCAUACUAUUCAAUGGGCUAGAGAUUUAUUCGUA